CGCAAGAAUCCAGAUAUAAAAGAUUUCAUAAUUUUUCAUCAGUAUGAAUCACAGUGAUUUCAUUAUUACCUACGAGUGGGAAAUCGUCAAUGCAACCGAUAUUUACCUUAACUGGACAAACACAUCACUUACGGAAGCAGAUGUUUGGGAACAUUGGAUAGCUCUUGUACACGAGAAUGCUUUAGUGGUGUCUCUCUUAAUGCUGUUUUCUUUGGCAACUGUUUUUGGCAACACAUUAGUUAUAAUGGCCGUAGUGAGAGAGCGAUACUUACAUACAGCUACCAACUACUUCAUCACAUCACUUGCUGUGGCUGAUUGUUUAGUUGGACUUGUUGUGAUGCCCUUCAGUGCCUUGUAUGAAGUGUUAGAGCACACUUGGUUCUUUGGAUCAGACUGGUGUGAUAUUUGGAGAUCAUUAGAUGUUCUCUUUAGUACGGCAUCAAUUCUCAACUUGUGUGUAAUUUCAUUAGAUAGAUAUUGGGCAAUAACCGAUCCUAUUGCAUAUCCUAUGAGAAUGACGCGCAUACGGGCUGGUUUACUAAUAGCCGCAGUCUGGAUAUGUUCUAGUGCUAUAUCCUUUCCCGCCAUCGCUUGGUGGAGAGCUGUGAGAACAGAACCAAUACCACAAUUCAAAUGCCCCUUUACGGAACAUUUGGGUUAUCUUAUAUUUUCUUCAACAAUUUCAUUCUACCUUCCCUUAUUCGUUAUGGUAUUUACAUAUUAUCGAAUUUACCGUGCAGCAAUGGUUCAAACAAGAUCUCUUCGUCUUGGUACCAAACAGGUACUUCUUGGAUCGGGUGAAUUAGAGCUGACCUUAAGAAUGCACCGAGGAGGAACUUGCAAAUUACCAUCUGGAGAAUCAAGAAAUUUGUAUGCAACCGAAGAUGAGCCAUUGACGGCUCUUCAUAAUAAUGGACUUACACGUUUGUCAUCCAAUAGAUACGGCAAGAACUUUUCACUAAGUCGGAAGCUAGCUAAAUUUGCGAAAGAAAAAAAAGCUGCGAAGACUUUAGGAAUAGUUAUGGGUGUAUUUAUUGUGUGUUGGUUACCAUUCUUUGUGGUGAACUUACUCUCUGGUUUCUGUAUUGAGUGCAUAUGGCAUGAAGAGAUCAUCUCGGCAAUUGUAACGUGGUUGGGAUGGAUUAAUUCCAGUAUGAAUCCUGUUAUCUAUGCGUGCUGGAGUAGGGACUUCAGAAGGGCCUUUCUUCGUAUACUGUGUGUAUGUUGUCCACGUCAAAUAAGGCGUAAAUAUCAGGGUGGAUUUCGUGCGAAAUCUAAUCAGAGUGGUACUAAACAAGUCGUUUUGGACACUUCUUCUGAAAAUCCCAGCAACAGCUCAGUGGGUCAUCAAGAACUCUAUACCUUAUGACAGCAACCAUCACGACAGCGUAGGUGUCAGUCUUCGUUGAAAUCCACAUUGUACUCCCAGAAAUCGAGAGAUGAACU